AAAACAGUAUCUGAUUAAAGUUGGUAAGCCAUAUAAUUGUAAUAUGUUGUAUGUGACAUAUUAACUGGGUUAUAAAAGAUUAAAUAUAAAUACAGAAUAAUAUAUUCUGUAUGCUGAGGAGACCCUAUAGAGUAGGCCAAUACUAGAUGAAUUACAGAAAAGAGAGGGAGGUGAGGCAGGUUCAUGGUAAAUUAAGAACUACAACACCUAGAGUGUAAAAACCAUCCUAUAAUGGAAGAAAUGCAACCCCAAGAUUGUAGCAGUCCCACUUCAUGCUGGAAGAACUGCAACUCCAAUAUUGUAUCAGUCUUUAAGUAAAAUCAAACGAAAUUACCAAACGGGUUCCCAGGAAAAUCACGGCUAAAACGAUCUUGUUUAGUCAGUUCCGUGACCUCCCCUCUCUCCUCCUGCGGAGCGGCGUCUGCUCCGGCUGGGCGGGAGCCCAGGAGGCUCUACCAGCCCCAGACCUUCAUUUCCGUCGGCAGAAUCUCGAGGCUUUUCCCGCCACGGCCGGGGGUUCCGCCUCGGCGCCCUGCGCGCUGGAGGGACUGCGCAUGUGCCGGGCCGGCCCGCUGGUAGUUCCCUGGCGGCUCCUCGGACGCCUUGCAAUGGCGGAGACGGACGCCAGCCUGUUGCGCCAGUUCCCGCUGCUGCUGCCACAAAACCGGGCGAAAACCGUGUAUGAAGGAUUCAUUUCGGCUCAGGGAAGAGAUUUCCACCUUAGAAUAUUAUUGCCUGAAGAUUUACAGUUGAAGAAUGCAAGAUUAUUAUGUAGUUGGCAACUGAGAACAAUACUUAGUGGAUACCGUCAAAUAGUACAACAGAGAAUGCAGCACUCUUCUGAUCUAAUGAGCUUUAUGAUGGAGUUAAAGAUGCUUUUGGAAGUUGCCUUAAAGAAUAAACAAGAGGUAUAUGCUCCACUUCCUCCUCCCCAGUUCUACUCAAGCAUUAUUGAAGAGAUAGGAACUCUUGGUUGGGAUAAACUUGUGUAUGUGGAUACCUGCCUCAGUACAAUCAAGUUAAAAGCCGAAGAUGCUUCUGGUAGAGAGCAUCUAAUCACUCUCAAGUUGAAGGAGAAGUACCCUACAGAAUCACCAGAUUGUUUUGUGGAUUUUCCUGUUUCAUUUUCAUUUUCCUGGACACCACAGUAUCCUACCUUCCAAUGGAAAUUAAGAAAAUACAGCAAAUUAAAGAGCUCCCUAACAGGCAUUUAUAGCCAGUUCUUGGCAGCAUUAGAAUCACUGAAGGUGUUCUGGGAUGUAAUGGAUGAAAUCGAUGAAAAGACCUGGGUACUCGAGCCGGAAAAACCUACACGGAGUGCGACAGCACGCAGAAUUGCAUUAGGAACUAAUGCUUCAAUAAACAUAGAGGUAGACCCCCGGCAUCCUACUCUGCUUCCUGAGUGCUGCUUUCUUGGAGCUGACCAUGUGGUAAAACCUCUGGGAAUUAAGCUGAGCAGAAAUAUACAUUUGUGGGAUCCAGAAAAUAGUCUGUUACAAAAUUUGAAAGAUGUUUUAGAAAUUGAUUUUCCAGCUCGUGCUAUCCUGGAAAAAUCUGAUUUUUCAAUGGAUUGUGGAAUUUGUUAUGCCUAUCAACUUGAUGGUGCCAUUCCUGAUCAAGUGUGUGAUAAUGCUCAGUGUGGACAGCCUUUCCAUCAAAUAUGCUUAUAUGAGUGGUUGAGAGGACUACUGACUAGUAGACAGAGUUUUAACAUCAUAUUUGGUGACUGUCCCUACUGUAGUAAGGAACUACUUCAGCCACUCAGAAAAUGCUUUAGAUCAUACAAGAGAACUGAAUCUGGAUAAGAAUUACUGCAAGUUUUAAAACACAUACAGGUAUGUACAGAGAUGUAUGAUAGUUCCAGGGAUAGUUACCUGUCUAUUCAUCCAUCUGUCCAUCUACCACUAUCUAUCCCUACUCAUAUUUCUUGGUUUGUAAUAAUACAAGCUACCCUGCUUUUACAUAAUGCUGAACUAAAAAAUGCUUAGGUGAGACUGCUGAUUGGCACCUUAUACAAGUUCCUUCAUUUAAAAAAUCCAACUAAUCUACAAGAAAAUGAGUUAGCUUCACUUUCUAAAUAACCACUACAAAAAGUAGCCUGAUCAGACUGUCUGAUCUCUGCUAACAGUCUCUGUUAAAUGGCUAAUGCAUAAGUCAGUUUUACAUUGAAGCCUGAAUAUUUCUUUGGGUCUGACCAAACAAAUAUCCCUGACACAUAUGUAAAUGCUUUGACAACUAGAGGUUAUAUUUCCUAGUGAUAACUUGUUUUGCUCUUUAUGUUUUCCUUUGCAUUAUCUUUCUCAGUAUUUAUUUGAUCUCAGAGCUAGACUAGUAUAGAAAGAUUUUUCUGAGAUUAAACUACAUAGUGACUGUACUGAAAGUAAACACAGAAAAUAUUCUGCAGGAUUUAUGGCCUUAUUUAUUCUGGUUUCCAGAUAUGACUAAAUGAUUACUUCAUUUCUAAUAAAAUUCUAAAGUGAAUGUUUUAUUUUGAAAACUUAAAUGUAAAACUUCAGGAAUGAAUAGUAUUCAAACAUUUGAGGAUUAUGUAUAUAUAUGUUUAGCUGCAUAUUAAAACUUCAGCAAAUAACAUAUAUACUUAUGUGUACCUAUGUAUUACACAUAUACAUCUGUAUAUAUGCAUGUAUGUAUGUGCAUAUAUGUGUAUAUGCAUGUGUGUAUAUGCAUGUCUAUGUGUAUAUAUAUAUAGAGAGAGAUAUGUAUCUAUAUAUAGAGAUAUGCCUAAAAGCUUAGUGUAAAUUCUAUUUUAAAUGCAUUAGGGGAAUCUACUUUUCAUAGGAAUCCUGUGAAAUCUAUAGCAAAAAUGAGUAUUCACACCAGCAUAUAACUUUCCAGCAAAUACCAAAAAUAUGAAAUAUAGGUUCUCUUCUGAGUAGUCCUCCCAGUAAUAGCAUCUUUCUACCAUUAUUUUUAGUUCAAUCUUCUCCCCAAAGACCUAGCAUGGUGAAAUCUACCCAGCUCAUCAACAUGUAUUAUUAUUUAGGGAGGAAAAAUGUAAAUGGACCACAGAAUGAAAAUUUGUUCAAAGCUUUUACAACGACAGCAUCAUGAAAACACUUUGAAACUAUGAAAUGACUGUAGAGGGCUUUCAGAAUUAUCUCACAGUCCAAACACUGACCAGACCAACAUGUAGCAACUUUACAUCUCAUUCCACAAUCACAGUGGUUUCUUAGCUAUUUAACAGUGAAAACCAGAUUAUAUCAGUAUUAGAGCUAUCAGUUGAAAUAAGUGGCCCAACUGUUAAUAUCAUUAUUAACAAAACUGGACCAAAAUUCUGUAUGAUGAAUUUCUGGUUAUACCACUAUCAAAACAGUACUUCCAGGUUUCUGAAAAUUCUUUCAUACUAAUAAAUCUGGCAAAAGUGAAGAACAAAAUUCAUUAGGAGUGAAACUACUUUAAACUGAAAGAAAAAACACUAUCAUUGAACAUAUGACUCAACAUUUCUUAAUUUUGUCCCAUUUGUAUCUUUAAAUGCUCAUUGAUUCAUAAACAAUGAAAAUGGUGAAAUAGUACAUGCUACUACUAAAUUUCAGUGAUUGUUAUUUUCCUAACCAAACUAUCUUUGAAAAAAAAAUGUAGUGACUUCUUUUACUCUUAUCUGAAGUAUAAAAGCUAAUUCCCAUUUCAGAAAAUUUAACCUAUGGUCCUUCCUUGUAAGGCAGAAAGUAUACAAUUGACACACUUGUUUCACUUUUACAUUGGCCUACCUUAAACUAAUGUGGGUUUUAAUUGCUCUGGAAAAUGAUCAAGACCCUCUGUAUUACAUGGUCAAUGGUCCUUUUAAUAGAAAAGACAAUAAUAUACAGUUGUUCACACCAACUAAAACUCAUUAGAAAGUAUCUGUUUAGGGUAACAGUUCAACAGCCAUUAACAAGUGCAAAUGUCUAAUUGCCUGUAAGUGAAAAUAUGGUUCUUUCAAAGCCAUUUAAAAAUUAUUUGUAUAAUUUAGUACAUUUGAAAAUACUUUUAUAAACAAAGUUUACAAAGAAUAUAAUUUUGAAAGCCAAAGUUUUUCAAUAAUCACCAUUUUUUCUAACAUAACAUUAGAAUUGACUUUUUAUCUUGCUGACAGAGCAACUAAGAAAGUACAGUUGCAUUGACCAUAUUGAUUGUGAACAAAGCAACCAUCAGUGGGACUCGGUACCAUAUAUUUUCAAUAUUGACCUCGUACUUCCUUUUCUAUGGUUUUCUGGGUCGGCUAUUGGAUUUGGACUGCAGUGUAAUAAACAGCUAAGGUUUAAUUAAUGGUAAAUGAAUACAAGACAUAGGUUAUGACUUUAACUAAUUAGGGAAUUGUUGAAUUAAGUUUGCCUUGGAAUGCAAGGCAGUACAAUCAAUAUCCAAUAAAAGGACUAUGUAUGUAAUUUACCUGCAAAUGUGUUUCCAAUACCAUCAAAGUGAGUUUAAAUAAGUAAGAUAUAUGAAAGGGGACUAGAAGAGAUUUCCACAAGUUAACACUUUAUAGUUUCAGAAUAGAUUUCCUUAUUGUUGAGAGAUGGUAUCUUCUAAAGCUCUGAUAAGGGUACAGUGAAAAACAAGAAUAUUUCCUCAUAUGUGCAACUUUACUGAAUCUGUAAUAUUCAACAGCAUAAAAAUUUCAACUGCUGACAACUAAGCUUAACCUAUACAAACUAGUGAUUUCCUGCUCAAAAGGAGCAUCAAGUUUUUCUUACUUGACACCCUUUUGCUCCUUUCUCACUUGUCACAGUCUACAUCUUCUUCAUUAGAAGAAUAUUUAUCAGCAUAACAGGAAUUCACUAUUUUGAUAAAAAUCUCACCAAUGUUGCUCUCACUCUUCCAACUGACAUUGCAAAGGUCAUUUCAUGGAGCCUUAUUACUCUUAACUAAAAUCAUUUUUCUGAAAUAUAAGUAAGAAAAAAAGAA